UAUAUUAACACCCACGCCGCAUUUCCGUGAAAAUCUAAUAACCUUGCUUUUCUUUUUUAUAGGUAAUUGCCGUCAUGAUUGAGUCAACGUCCCCUUUUAUCGCAUCAUCAAUCCCUCUACUGCACAUUGCAGUAAAAUCCAUACUAUUCAAAUUCGCAGAGGUUUUCAUGGCGCUAUUUGUCUACAAGCUCUUCUCCCUCCUUGCGGCGCUGUCUAAUCAAUUUACAUCAUAUCUUAUGUUCGCCGAAGAUUACAUUCAACGCUGGCACUUCCUCUCAUCCAGUGGCAUCUCCCGCGCCAGCUUUAUUGUUCUCCUCUUUACCAUUCUCAGCACGCUUGCGUCCCUCUACGGAACCCUACUCUGGGCGUUAGACGCUCCAGGCUACAUUUUUAAGACAUCCAAUGUGACAGUUGCCCAAUAUGAGACUUGGCGCAACCAGGAUGCCCCUUACAUCAUUCAGUUGCAUCUUGAUCCCAGUACCCUACAAAGGACGGAGGAAACGCUCGCACAGAUUGUGGGAUCUGAGCUUUUUAAACCGGGCCUGAACUACACUUUGACUGGUGAAGUUCGAAGAGGAUCUCCCGAAAUCACGACACCGACGCGAUCUCAUGACGUCGGAGCGCGAAUCUGGCUUGAUGAAGAUGGAUUCUCAGUUUCGCCGGAUAGUCUUGCUCCGUAUCCACAAUCAGCUGCCGACAAUGGGGAAGAGUUCCCUUAUAAGUGCAUACACUUCGGAGGAGGCUCGGCUCACUGGAAUUGCACCUACAGGAGCUGGAGAUUCGUGGAAGAUAUAAUAGACAAAGUCGUUGGGGAACCCGAAAUACACUGGGACGACCAGUCGGACAUCAAUUUCGAUUCAAGAUAUAUCGCUCCAAAUAGAGCCGACAACGUUUGGUCUUCUUGGGGGCGAGGAGGUGGUUCUACGGCUAUGAUGCAGGUCUUUACCGUUACCAAGGGGACGAGACGUCAUACAUUUGUUGCGUAUGUUUCUCGCGCUACUAUUUCCGGACUUUCAUUAGCUGCGCAGCAUGUUAGAGAUUGGGGACAUCGGACAUGGGGCAUGAAGGAGUCGGAGAGGAACAACCUGCUCAUUGACCAGAUUGUGGAAGAUAUCAUGGGCGCACAGGGCCAAGAUAUCAGCUACCAUUUCGGAGUCAACGCAGCCGAUAACAGGAAUCUCACGGUGCUUCAGUCUAGCUGGUUCUACUUUAAUGGCAUGGUCGUCUUCUCAUCGGUUAAUAUUACGCUGAUAAGAUCUGAAACUAUCGACAAACAGAUAAUACCAUUUGAGAAAUGCGCCCGUGGAUCAUUCCAGAAUGAAGCGUUUGGUGGAAGGGUCACACAGACUGAUUGCGGCGGAUCUACAACCGAUGACAAUAGUCACAUGUUCUUCGGCCAGGUAGACACUGCCGCUGUUCUGAUAAUACAGGGCCUCGGCAAUGGCCGGUCCAAUAUCAGCUCUGAGUCCCUCAACGACAGCGUCAUGUCCUGGACUCGGAACAUGUCGGCCGCGAUGGAAGGCCUGCUUGUCGCAAGGGGCUAUAUAGUCAGCAUCGAUCCAGCUCUGGUUAUGAUCAGUGUUGAUAAUCUGACAGUUGCUAUAUCUGGCCUGCAGCUCCUUCUAAGCAUCCUUGCUCUGAUUCUCGCGGGAGCUGCAUGGCUUGCGCUGGCCUUCUUCACGGAUUCACAUUGGUCUAACACGUUCUUAGCAGACUUAGUAUAUGCUAUAUCAGAAAGGGAUGGGAAAAGGUCGAGACCUGGAUAUAUGCGCGACCCUCCCAGUGUUGAAGUAAUAGGUUAUAGGGAUGAGCAUUUUAUUGCGGUCUCUGGGAAGGUAGUUACUCUUCAAAACUGAGCCCCAGCUUAUACCAGGUUAUUAAAUAAAGGACCUGAGGAAUAUUACUAAGGGAAAACUAGCUAAAUUUAAUUAAGUGAAAAGUACAGAGGUUAAAGCUAAAAAUCCAUAUUAAAGGGGACUUCAUUUUGGCAGCAAUUCGAUCUAUACUGAAUUAUAAAAGUGAUUGAUUAAAUUCAGAUAACUAUA